GGUGGAGGUGGGAUAGACUUCCCUGAAGGUAUGAGUUUUCUGGGAUUUCCUAAAAGUGGACAGAAUAGGAGAUAGCCAGAUAAAUUGGGGUAGGGAGUUCCAGAGGAUGGGAGAAGUCCAGAAGAUAGCAUGGAAGGAGGUGACGAGGGAGCUAGAGAUUUAGAAAUCUUAGGAGGAGCAGAGAGGAUGGUUUGGUUGAUAUUUUGGCAUGAGGUUGGUGAUGUAGGUCAGGAGUGGAUGGCUUUGUAUGUUGUUGUUAGUACUUUCAAUUUUAUUCAUUGGGCAUUUGGAAGCCAGUGGAGGGAUUGGCAGAGGGGGGGCACUGAGCGGAGGCCAGUGGAAGAAUUGGCAGAAAAGGGUGGAGGACACUGUGUAGGGACUAAUGGAGGGAUUGGCAGAGAGGGGUGGAGGACACUGAGUGGAGACCAGUGGAGGGAUUGGCAGAGAGGGGUGGGGGGCACUGAAUGGAAGCCAGUGGAGGGAUUGGCAGAAGGGUGGAGGACACUGAGUGGAGACCAGUGGAGGGAUUGGCAGAGAGGGGUGGAGGACACUGAACGGAAGCCAGUGGAGGGAUUGGCAGAGAGGGGUGGGGGGCACUGAGAAGAGGCCAGUGAAGGGAUUGGAGAAGGGGGGGCACUGAGCCUGAAACGACAGGGAAGGGACUGAUAGUUGUAUUGUUGAUCUCGAUUGAUAAGUCAGGGGAGAGGGAAUAUUUGAAGAGA